UAUGCAGGACAACACGGAGCGCUCAGCGUCAGACGACCAGGCGAAACCAGAACCAAGUGAAAAACGAACUUGCAAUCUCAUUAAUAUUAAUAAUUUUGCUGUGACAAUCGGUGCAUAAAUUUUCUGAAAAAUGAUUUUACUUCAAAGUGUGUUUCUGAAGCGGCAAAAAAAUUAAUUUCAAUUCAAAAUUGAAAUUACAAACAAUGUCAGCUGCAUAGAGCAGCUUAUAGCUGUAGCACAACAAACGUUCUUGAUAUCAGCUCAGCUGCUGUCGCUGUUGCUGCCGCUGAAGUCGACGCUGACGCUGACGUUAGCAUCGCAGUCGCUGCUCAAAUUCAGUUGUCCAGAGAGUCUGUUUCGACUGCGAAGGCGCCGGCGCUGCGCAGCUGCCUGCUGAGUGUAGAGUUUUAGCUCAUCGCAAGUACUGUAUAAAGCAAAAAAAAAAGAAAAAUACACACACUCUCUGCUUCCAACUACGUCACACACACACUCACACUGACGCACAGAGACGCUCACGCACGCAUACAGAGAUACACACGAGGCAGCCGAAAGGUAAACAAAAACCUGUGCGCGUGUGUUUGGUAUCAAUAAAACACCGGCCGACCGACGACCGCCUUGAAGGCAAAUUGCCUUGUACGCUGUGACGUCAUGAGCCACUCUCGACCAAGUCUGGCCCUACUUUUGGCUAUUUGGCGGCAUGGCAAGCUGCUCUGUCUGCUCUUGGCCUUUCUGCUCUUCUUCUGCGAGACAGUACAAGCGAAUCCGGACGCCAAACGACUCUACGAUGAUCUGUUGAGCAAUUACAAUCGACUCAUACGACCCGUUAGCAACAAUACGGACACAGUGUUGGUCAAGCUGGGACUGCGCCUGUCCCAGCUCAUCGAUUUGAAUCUCAAAGAUCAAAUUCUAACGACCAACGUGUGGCUGGAGCACGAGUGGCAGGAUCAUAAAUUUAAAUGGGAUCCAUCCGAAUACGGCGGCGUCACCGAGCUCUAUGUGCCAUCUGAGCACAUUUGGCUGCCCGACAUUGUCCUCUACAACAACGCUGAUGGCGAGUACGUGGUCACCACCAUGACAAAGGCCAUUCUCCAUUAUACGGGCCGUGUUGUGUGGACUCCACCGGCCAUCUUCAAGUCAUCCUGCGAGAUUGAUGUGCGCUAUUUUCCCUUUGAUCAACAAACAUGCUUCAUGAAGUUUGGCUCCUGGACAUACGAUGGUGAUCAGAUCGAUUUAAAGCACAUCAACCAGAAGAACGAUAAAGACAAUAAAGUGGAGAUUGGUAUCGACUUGCGCGAAUAUUAUCCAAGUGUCGAAUGGGAUAUAUUGGGUGUGCCCGCCGAACGGCAUGAGAAGUAUUAUCCCUGCUGUGCCGAACCUUAUCCUGAUAUUUUCUUCAACAUCACUCUGAGGCGAAAGACACUCUUCUAUACUGUGAAUCUGAUCAUUCCCUGUGUUGGCAUCUCAUACCUGUCUGUUCUGGUAUUUUAUCUGCCAGCUGACUCUGGUGAGAAGAUUGCCUUGUGCAUCAGCAUUCUUCUCUCGCAGACUAUGUUCUUCUUGCUCAUAUCGGAAAUUAUACCUUCGACAUCGCUGGCUCUGCCGUUGCUGGGGAAAUAUCUGCUAUUCACCAUGUUGCUGGUCGGGCUGAGCGUUGUUAUUACCAUCAUAAUACUCAAUAUACAUUAUCGAAAGCCGAGCACGCACAAGAUGCGACCGUGGAUACGAGCGUUCUUCAUUAAGCGUCUUCCGAAGUUAUUGCUAAUGAGAGUGCCCAAGGAUCUGUUGCGUGAUUUGGCCGCCAAUAAAAUCAACUACGGAUUGAAGUUCAGCAAGACAAAGUUUGGACAGGCCCUAAUGGAUGAAAUGCAAAUGAAUUCCGGUGGUUCCAGUCCCGAUUCGAUACGUCGCAUGCAGGGACGCGUCGGCGUUGGUGGCUGUAAUGGAAUGCAUGUGACCACAGCGACCAAUAGGUUCAGUGGAUUGGUGGGUGCUUUGGGUGGCGGUCUGAGCACGCUGAGUGGCUACAAUGGGUUGCCUUCGGUGCUUUCCGGCUUGGAUGACUCCAUGAGCGAUGUGGCGGCACGCAAAAAGUAUCCGUUUGAGCUGGAAAAGGCCAUACAUAACGUCAUGUUCAUACAACAUCACAUGCAACGCCAGGACGAGUUCAAUGCGGAAGAUCAGGACUGGGGCUUUGUGGCCAUGGUUAUGGAUCGCUUGUUCCUCUGGCUAUUUAUGAUUGCAUCGCUUGUGGGAACAUUUGUCAUAUUGGGCGAGGCUCCGUCUUUGUACGAUGACACCAAGGCCAUUGAUGUGCAACUUUCGGAUGUGGCAAAGCAAAUUUACAAUCUAACUGAAAAGAAGAAUUAAAUUCAAAUGGUUAACACUAUCUAUCUAAUGUCGUGAAAGACACGCAAAUACUUAUAUAUGCUCUAGUUUAAUGUAA